GUCAAAGACACGUGUGUGGUGAUUCUGUUCAAUCCGUUGUGUUUACUGAAAUGCGAUUUUUUUUAAAUAAAAAUUAAUUGUAAUCUGGCAUUACGGCGAUGCAAUUAGUUUGUUGAUUCUUUUAAUCGAUCUUAGCUUCCUAAAUUAAAAAUGUCUUCGUGGAAAAAAGCCGCGAAGGCUAACCAAAAAACGCACAAAGAGCGGCACCAGCCGGAGGCUCGGAAACAUUUGGGAUUAUUGGAAAAGAAGAAGGACUACAAGAAGCGGGCAGAUGACUACCACGAGAAAGGAGAGACCUUGAAGCUGUUACGCAAGCGGACCCUCGACAGGAAUCCUGAUGAGUUCUACUUUCAUAUGGUCAAUUCCAGGGUGAAAAAUGGGGUACACCAUGAAAUCACCAAAGAGGAGGAAGACACACCGGAACAGCUGAAGUUGAUGCACACGCAAGACAUCAAGUAUGUCAAUAUGAAACGCACUAUUGAAAGCAGACGGAUCAACAGGCUGCAGUCUGAGCUCCACAUGACAGACGUCGCUGACUCUACACCGAACACACACACAUUCUUUGUGGAUGAAGGGGAAGAGAAGGAGUUUGACCUGGCCAAGAGGCUGGACACGCAUCCCAAGCUGCUCGGCAGAAAGUCCAACAGACCCAGACUGUCUGAUUUGGACAAGAUGCAGUUGCCUACUGUUGAUAAACAGACAAUAGCAGAAAUGAAAAAGAAGAAGAAUAGGAUUUACAAAGAGAUAGCAAAGAGGAUAGAGCGAGAAAAGGAAUUGACCGUGAUACAACAGAAGUUGGAGAUGAAGCGACAUCUACAGGAUGCUAAAGUACUUAGACCGAAACGCAUCAAAAAGGGCUCCAAGAAUUCUGCACCGGUUUACGAGUUCCCGUAUGUCAGAAAGAAAUAA